UCAAUCCAAGCUCUCUAAUUAUGGUUCUCGAAGCUGAGAGCGGCGGUGUGAGGAAGAUUAACGUAUCUGUAGGGAAAAAAGAGAUGGUAAAAGAACAUGAUGAACAACCCAGUAUUUAUAUAAGAUUUUUUAUUCCAAGCUUGACAGAAAAUGUUCUUGUUUUCCAAUCUGCUAAGAAUCACAAGGACGAGAAACCCAAUCUUUCCUAUGCCCUUCCAGAACCUUACAAAAAAAUCAAUCAGAGCAUCCAUUUUCUUUGAAUCAUCUUCAAGUAUAAAUAUUAUUGUAUACAGAAUCAGUUGCAACACUCAAAUAUAACAGAUUUAAGCAAACUUUCUUUCAUACAGGCAUCUGCUUGAAUUCGCGUUAAUAGGCAAGUUCAUCAAUAUUGGCAUGUUUCUUUAUUGACGACUACAUUGCAACUGAAGCGAAACUAAAUAUUUAGUUACUUGAAGCUUGGGCUCAAAACCAGUCAGCGUAAAUAGAGCCUGUCUUGUUUUGGAUUCAGACUCAUCAGUUUCAUUUCGAAUCUAAACAAUCUUGCUUUAAAUCCAGCGUUAUCGUUUCUACCAACUUCAAUUAAACUGGUUGAAUUUAGUCAUAGGCUUUUAAAGAUCUAUCCAAUCACCACACUAUUUGAAUCCACGUCACCCUGCUGCCAGUUGACCAACUCUGCACCUUCGAUCCCAUUCACUAAAAUUAAAAAAUGAACGUUCCCAGGUCUCCUCAGCCUUCUUCUGCUAAUUAAACAGUGCGUGACGACUCUUCUUCAUCAAGAAACUGAUCCGAUAAGCAAGUCUAAGCAGCCGCACUUAUCAAUUAUAAAGUUGAUUUUGUUUUUUCUUAAUUAGUUCAUUGUUCGAAUUUAAGAGAAAGACAGGUAGUUAUGGUUUUGCCUGUAGUUAAAUUAGGAACGCUAGUAUUGAAAACGCUGAGCAAACCCUUGGCCGCUAAACUCAAACAACAGGCUGCUUUUCACCCUAGAUUUCGUCAAUUCAUCAUCGGCAUCGCUCAGGCAAAUCAUCGAAUCACAACAAGAAUGCAAAGACGUAUACAUAGUCAUGCAACUGACGUUGAGAUACGUCCACUGAAUGAGGAGAAAGCUGUUCAGGCUGCUGUUGACCUCAUUGGGGAAAUCUUUAUUUUUUCAGUUGCAGGUGCUGCUGUGAUCUUUGAAGUGCAAAGAAGUGCUAGAUCAGAGGCAAGAAAGGAGGAAAUCCGUAAACAAGAGAUGGAGGCACUGAGGCAAAGAGACGAAAAUUUGUCAAGGGAAGUAGAACUUCUUAGGCAAAAACUGGAAGAAUUGGAGCAGCUUGCCAAGGGAAGAGGUCUCAGUGGUAUUUUCAGCUUUAGACACGUUAACUCUGAGGUUGGAAAGUUGGAUCAACAAGCUAACACAGAGAUUGGGAAGUUGGCUAAACAAGCUUGAUUAAAUCACAUAAAUUGACCAAUAACUUCCAAUUUGGCAAAUCAUUUUUUAAUUUUCUCAAAGGUUUCUCCUUGGUAGGUGAUUCCUUGCAUUCUAUCACCGUUUGAUCAAUUUUGUGAUCAAUUUCUUGCUUCACCUGUGCCAUUCAUGUACAAAAAACAAUAUGGUGAUUCAGUUUUUGGUCAUAUUGCUCAAAAUGUAUAGAAUACACUUAUAUACUAUUAAAUGAGGAAUGCAUAAUUAUUGCGGUAGAGAUGGUAUGCCGUAUUCUAGUA